AUGCCAAUAAAAAAUACGGUACCACGACCUCUCGUCACUUAUCACUCGCGCAGCGAAACUGACAAGGAAACUCCAGGACCCGUUGCUAGGAUCGCACCCAACUGGGUCGUGUGUGGCGAUGGCGCCGAGCUUCGACGCCUGUGGGGAGUGCGCUCUGGCUGGCAGCGAGGGCACUGGUAUCGCGGGCUUCGCAUCGACCCAUACAAGGACAACACGUUCUCAACCACAGACGACAAGGUCGCAGGACUUGUCCAUCUCCUCGAGUCCAAGUAUAUUGCAACCGAACAAGACUUUAAAACUGUCGAUCUGGCACGCAAAGUGCAGUUCUUUACUCUGGACGUCAUCUCAAGCCUCGCGUUUGGCAAGUCAUUCGACUACCUCAAGGCCGAUGGCGAUAAAUUUCGGUACAUUGAGACAACAGAGAGCACAGUCCCAGUGCUUCUGGCGACGGCCCUCAUACCAUGGUUCCUCAACAUUUUGCAGUCACCCAGGUUAAAGUGGAUCAUUCCCAGCGCAAGAGAAAUGGUCGGCAUCGGCACGGUUAUGGGCCUUGCCCAGGAAGCAGUGGAUGAGCGUUACGGCGACAACCCAAUUGUCAAACGUGACAUGUUGGGCUCCUUUGUGGCCCACGGGCUGAGCAAGCAGGACGCCGAGGGCGAGACAGUCGUCCAAAUCAUCGCAGGCUCUGACACUUCGGCGACGGCAAUUCGGUCGACAUUGCUCUUCCUCAUGACGAACCCUCCCGUUUACGCACGCUUUCAGUCCGAGAUUGACCGAGCCAUUGACGAGGGGCGGAUCUCUUCGCCUAUUACCGAUGACGAAGCCAAGAAUUUUGAGUACCUGCAGGCUGUCAUCCGCGAGGGGCUGCGGCUGUGGCCACCCGCCACGGGCCUGCUUCCAAAGAUCUCGCAAAAGGAUGAAGUUGUCUGCGGCGUGCACAUCCCUGCUGGCACCAAUGUUGCCUGGGCCCCAUGGACCGUUAUGCGCGACCAAAAUAUAUUUGGACCAGACGCAGACCUCUUCCGGCCCGAACGAUGGAUAGGUAUUCCGGACGCUAAGUGGCGUGCGAUGGACCAGCAGGUCAUGAUGGACUUUGCAUCGGGAAGCCGAUGGGAGUGUCUUGGAAAGAACAUUGCCAUGAUCGAACUGAAUAAGGUCUACGUUGAAGUAGGUUGA